AUGCAACCAUCACCAUACAUGGCUCAAUUUCAUCAGGAAAGUAAUAGUUCAUUUCAACCAUAUGUCUUUAUCAACAAGGCCAUCGACAUAGCUGAACUUGUUAAGGAGCUCUUCGAGUUGUCAGUAGAUCCUCCAUCAUUGUUCCUCGAUAUUGAAGGUGUCAACCUCUCGCGGCAUGGAAGCAUCUCGAUUCUUCAGGUCUUUGUUUUGCCUCACAACAAAACCUAUCUGAUUGAUGUCCACACUCUGAAGGAAAAUGCCUCCCUGCAAGCAGCAAGCAAUGGCCAGACACUUAAAGAUCUUUUGGAAUCAAAGUCCAUUCCGAAGGUCUUCGUCGAUGUCCGCAAUGACUCUGAUGCGCUCUACAGUCACUUCGGAAUUAGCCUCACUGGCAUACAAGACCUUCAAUUGAUGGAGCUUGCGACACGUAGUUUCCCGAAGAGAUGUGUUAAUGGCCUAGCGAGAUGUAUUGAGAACAAGGCAGACAUGACAUUCUCUGAAAGAAAUACAUGGAAACUUGGGAAGGAAAAGGGUUUGAACCUAUUUGCCCCGGAACGUGGAGGUAGCUAUGAGGUAUUCAAUCUUCGUCCUCUUGCUCAAGACAACAUGCAGUUGUGGCAGAAGUACAAUCGAAAACUAAGCCCAAGAUGGGCAGCAAAGAUUGAGGCGGAAGUCAAAAAUAGGAUCUUGAUUUCUAAGUCAGCCACGUACAAUGGCAAGGGAAGACACAUGGCUUUGGCAACUAAAGGGUGGUGA